AGGCGACGCAGGUUUGACUUUCCCCGCGGAUUCUGGUACCUGUGGGGCCUGGGGUCUGCGACCUGCCACACCAUGAAAGAGACGCCGCUCUCAAACUGCGAACGCCGCUUCUUGCUCCGCGCUAUCGAAGAGAAGAAGCGGCUGGAUGGCAGGCAAACCUAUGAUUACAGGAGCAUCAAAAUCUCAUUUGGAACAGAUUAUGGGUGCUGUAUUGUGGAACUUGGGAAAACAAGAGUUCUUGGACAAGUUUCCUGUGAACUCGUUUCUCCAAAACUCAAUAGGGCAACAGAAGGUAUUCUUUUUUUUAACCUUGAACUCUCUCAGAUGGCUGCCCCAGCUUUUGAACCUGGCAGGCAGUCAGAUCUCUUGGUGAAGUUGAAUCGACUCUUGGAAAGAUGUCUAAGAAAUUCGAAGUGUAUAGACACUGAAUCUCUCUGUGUUGUUGCUGGUGAGAAGGUUUGGCAAAUACGCGUGGACCUACAUUUAUUAAAUCAUGAUGGGAAUAUUAUUGAUGCUGCCAGCAUUGCUGCAAUUGUGGCCCUGUGUCACUUUCGAAGACCUGAUGUGUCGGUCCAAGGAGAUGAAGUAACUCUGUAUACACCUGAAGAGCGUGAUCCUGUACCACUGAGUAUCCAUCAUAUGCCCAUUUGUGUCAGUUUUGCCUUCUUCCAACAAGGAACUUAUUUAUUGGUUGAUCCCAAUGAACGAGAAGAACGUGUAAUGGAUGGCUUGCUGGUGAUUGCUAUGAACAAGCAUCGAGAGAUUUGUACCAUCCAAUCCAGUGGUGGAAUAAUGCUACUAAAAGAUCAAGUUUUGAGAUGCAGUAAAUAGCUGGUUGUGAAAGUAGCAGAAAUUACAGAGCUUAUACACAAAGCUUUGGAGAAUGACCAGAAAGUUAGGAAAGAAGGAGGAAAGUUUGGCUUUGCAGAGUCUAUAGCAAAUCAAAGGAUCACAGCAUUUAAAAUGGAAAAAGCCUCUAUUGAUACCUCUGACAUAGAGGAGAAAGCAGAAGAAAUCAUCGCUGAAGCUGAACCUCCUUCAGAAUUUGUUUCUAAACCUGUGUUAUGGACCCCUGGAACUGCCCAAAUUGGAGAGGGAAUGGAAAACUCCUGGGGUGAUCUUGAAGAUUCUGAGGAGGAAGAUGAGGGUGAAGGUGGCAGUGAUGAAGCUGUCAUCCUUGAUAGUAUAAAAGAGGACACUGCAUUAGAAGUCUGCAAUAUUGGAAGCCAAGGUACCCCUAUAGUACUUUCAGACAGUGAAGAAGAAGAAAUGAUCAUUUUAGAACCAGACAAAAAUCCAAAGAAAAUAAGAACACAGACCAUCAGUGCAACAGAAGAAAAAACACCAACUAAAAAACCAGUGAAGAGGAAAAAGAAGAGAGCCGCUAAUUAAAGCUAACAAUAGUUA